GGUGCUGUGUGCGUGCGGCGUGCGGCGUGUUGUCUAGUGUUAGGCUGUGUGUGUGAAAGCAGAGCGUGAAUCUGCAUGUCUGUAUGUUCUGCACCGCGUGCUAAAUUUGUGCGUGUGGUGAACGUCGCCGUGGAGACGGUGCACGCUACACCUCGCCGUCGUGGGCGCCGGCCCGUAGUCCCCGGGGGGUUCCGCCCGGCUCCCUCCCGGCAGCCGCAGAGCUCCCGCCUCAAAAGAGCCUCUCCGCCGAGCUCCCGUCCACCCGCGCCAUGGACACCGUAAAGACCGGCGCCCCGCCCGCCUACAGCCGCUGGUCCUACAGACCCUCAAGCUCUGCCAGCUUCUCCUCUGCCUCGUCAGCAAGCGCCCUGGAUGAUGACGGCACCAGCCUCCGACAGCAGAAGCUGGAGAAGCAGAGGGCGCUGUUGGAGCAGAAGCAACGGCGGAAGAGGCGAGAGCCCCUGAUGGUGCAGCCCAACCCAGAGGCCCGACCCAGGCGCUCUCGGCCACACCGCACCGAAGAGCAGGCUCCUCUCGUGGAGUCUCGACACAGCAUAACCAGCGAUGUCAUAGUGGACGGUAUCGAUGGCCCAGCUGCUUUCAUGGCAUCGGAGACCCCUGACCUGGGCAGCAAGAUCCAGGUGCUGUCCGUCAGCCAGCAGCAGUCCCCGCCCCCCGAGGAGCCUGACCGAGACGGCGACAAGGACUCGCUGCUAGAGCCCAAAACCGACAUUCACGAGCUGCUGCAGAAACGAGUAGCAUGGGACUCCUCCCACUCUCCGGCCCGGCAAAACCCCGCCUCCGCUCUCACUGACUCCGCCCAGGAAAGGGUGGUGCAGUUGGGAGACACAGCUCCGGAGGCAGCGAAAGAAGAGGAUAUCCUUUCUUCGGAGGGGCCGCAGUCCCCCCUGACUGCCAGGGAGAAACUGCUCCGGUCAGGCCUCUCCGGCAGCGUGAACUAUGAUGAGGACAGCGAUGAGGAGGAGGACGAGGAGGAAGAGGAAGAGCACGCCGGGUCCCUCUCCCCCCGCACAGAGAGCUCCCGACCUGCCUCUGCUUCCAGCACCAAGUCGACCACUGACUAUGUGGCCCCAGGGUCUCCAACCACAGAGGGGCCCUCAAUUGAGGUGGACAACCUGGAGGAGUUUGUGCUGCGGCCGGCCCCCCGCGGGGCCACUGUCAAGUGCCGCAUCACCCGGGACAAGAAGGGCAUGGACCGCGGCCUCUACCCCACGUACUUCAUGCACCUGGAGAAGGAGGACGGCAGGAAGAUCUUCCUGCUGGCGGGCAGGAAGAGGAAGAAGAGCAAGACCUCAAACUACCUGAUCUCGGUGGACCCCACGGACCUGUCCCGCGAGGGCGAGAGCUUCGUGGGGAAACUGAGGUCCAACCUCAUGGGGACCAAGUUCACAGUGUACGACAACGGCUCCAACCCCAGCAAGACGCCCGGCGCGCUGCUGGAGGAGAGCAACACUCGGCAGGAGCUGGCGGCUAUCUGCUACGAGACCAACGUGCUGGGAUUCAAAGGGCCACGCAAAAUGACCGUCAUAAUCCCUGGGAUGAACAUGAACUUCGAGAGGGUGCCCGUGCGACCGACCAGCGAACAGGAGAGUCUGCUCACUAAGUGGCAGAACCACUCCCUGGAAAACCUGAUUGAGCUGCACAACAAGGCGCCAGUGUGGAACGAUGACACGCAGUCCUACGUGCUGAACUUCCACGGGCGAGUCACGCAAGCCUCGGUCAAGAACUUUCAGAUCGUCCACGACAACGACCCGGACUAUAUCGUCAUGCAGUUUGGCCGGGUGGCAGAGGACGUGUUCACACUGGACUACAAUUACCCUAUGUGUGCACUUCAGGCCUUCGCCAUUGGCCUGUCCAGCUUCGAUGGCAAACUGGCCUGCGAAUGAGUGCUGAGAAACCCCCCCACCCCACCCCACCCCCCCACCUAUGCUGUCUGUGGUCUUUUUAACCUGAAACUCUACCCGCACCCUCAGGACAUUGCAAUUGACCAUCAUCUACACACCCUCCCCCCCCCCCACUGUCUGCUUCCUGUCCCCACAGGAAGUUCACACAACCCUUGCCUACAGGCUUUUCCACUAAAAUGCUGCACUGGUGCAACCCUGUGAAAACAUAACCCUCCAAACCCUUCUGUAGUGCACCCAUCCUCAGAAAGAUACACCUACACACGGACAGAGAGAGCGAGAGAGAGAGAGAGUGAGUGAGUGAGGGAGCGAAUGAGAAAGAAAGAGACUGUGAAGCAACAGAUGAAGAGAGAGAGCCCUUUUGUCGAGAGAAUUCCUUUCGGGGGCCGAGCCUGCUGUGUGAGGAUGUCUUUGUUUUAUGUUUUUCUGUGUUAUCCUCUGUUUUAUCUGGAUCAUUCUGUGAGGUGUGCAGUCCAUGUACAACAAGCUCAAGGGAAAGGUUCAUAUACGGAAAGAAACGGGCAAGUCUCUGCUUUCCUUGGGAAAGAAUCCUUUUAACAGGCCAGUCCUGUGAAAGGUGAGAUUUUAAACCUGGAUUUUGAAACGAUUUCAUGUUCUUAGUGUUAAGUUUGUUUGCUGGACAUUGAAUAUUUAAAAUUUUUAGCAUGUUUUUUUAAUAUAAAAAAGGUUCAUGUUUUCCACAUUGAUGCUAAAGUAAUUCCAUCUCAAACAAGUUAUGUGGUUGCUCUUAAAAACUUGCGCAUUUCUGUGCUAAUCCUGGAAAGCUGUUGUUAACCCAAGUAACCCAGUUAAAUUGUAAUUUCUUUCAUGGUUUGUCACAUGGUAUUGUUUAUCAAGAAGACUUCAAUAGCGUGAACUUUGAUCAUGUAUCCAAUAUUUAAAGUUUAUCAGAAUGGCAUUAAUAUUUACAUUGAUGGGAUACUGAUUGCAUUGUUUUUGGUGGUCCACAAGGCCUUCUGAAGCACUUAUAAUUGAUGCAAGUGUUUGCUCUUCAAAUGAAAUUACAAAAAGGAGUUCUUUUGAGUUUGAUACAACAAUCCCAUGUGAUCAUAAUGGCUGAACGAUCCUGCUUGUAUGUGUGACAGAACCAGCUUCUUAGUCAAUGAAAAGACACUAAUCAAUCCUUAAGGCUAGUUUUCAGUUUCUUCUGCCCUUUUUAUUCUAUUUAAAAUAUCCACCACGUCGUUCGCAUCGACACGAGCUCUUCAGCUUAGCCCGCGCACAAAGCCUCAUAUACUUUCAUGUGGACCAAUGGCUGUUCAGUGCUAUUAAAGGUGUAUUAUGUAAGUUUUGAGAAACGAGCAGGAGAGGGGAAAAAAAAACAUUCUACCCUCUCCCCUCAGCUCUCCCUCCAAACACACAUAAACACGCGCUCAUCCGAGCACUGGAGAGAGGAACGUCCCUUUCCAUCACAGUCGGGAGUCGCUAUGACCAGUUUCAGAAAAAUCUGUUUUUAUGUCAAAAAUGUUACAUUUUGGCUGUAAGAUGCCAAGCUGGCGCCGGGGUUCUCUUAGGCGACCGAGACCUUGGCCACUGCCGUUUGUCACUCACCAGUCACACGUGGCGACUACUUUGUCUUGGCUUUCAUGAUGUGUGUGUCUCAGCUUUGCGUCGUUCGGAGGUCUAGUUUUGGCACUAGCUAUCUCUGCAGUAACGUUACCUCUGCUCUGCUCUUAUCUGCUUAGCCCUGCCCGCCCUGUCUGCUGUGACACGUUUGACAGACAGACAGACAGGUUGGGCAGAGAGCUGUCCUGAUUGGUUGUUAAAAUUCAAGCGUGAUAAGAAAAUUGGUUUAAAAAAAAAAAGAAAAAAAAAAGGAGUGGCUUAUUUCAGAGCCUGGGGCAGUCACAGACCUUUUAAUUUAUUGAUAUCUGUUGGGAUUCGAAGGACAUUUAACAAAAGUGUUGUACAACAGACUUUCAUAAUGUACUUUUAACCACAGGAGGAGAGGUGCAUCUCUCAAAGACAACAGCUAGUAUCUGAUAGGUGCUUGGUUAGUAGCAAGGGUUGCUACAGUGAUUACCUUUUUAACACUGGCCAAUUUAGGACCACCCUACCCUGGCAAUACAGCCCACCACCGUCCCAUCACUACAGACUGAUGUGCAUGGAUAACCCGGACUGGAACUAGGCAAGGCUAAGAUGCAAGUCUCAGCCUGGGCUCUUGGGAGGCACUUUUACCAGCUGAGCCACUUGGGAGUCCCUGUGUAGACUUUUGAAUGAGCUGUAUACUGCCAUUUAUCAAUUGUCAAGGGAUUUUUCAGUAAAAGUGAUUUUAUGCUGCUCACUUUUAACUGCAACAAACCCAUACUGCAGGUUUGUUGUUACUCAGAACUUGGGUAACACAGAAUUUGAGUUAACUCGGGUCACCUGGUUUCCUGGGUCUGGAAAAAAAAACUGCACUGCAGUAAAAAGAAAAAUGCGUCUAUAUAAAGCAGGAAUGUCCAGUCUUAUCCAAAAAAGGGCCGGUGUGGCUGCAGGUUUUUGUUUUAGCCCUGAAACACCUGAUUCUACUAAAAGUUCAUGCCCCUGUACAACAUUUUAAAAUUAUGUCCACGGUAGUAAUUGAACUGAAUUUAACACGAUGUUGCUUGUAAACAUCGCAUUCAGUCACCAUCUGAGUUAAAAUAAGUGCCAAUUACUUUAUCAACUUAUAUUAUCGAGGUGGUGCAAAUGAGAAUUGUUUGGAAAGGGGAUUGAGAAAGAAGCUAUAGCAACCUCUAGCUGGCGGAAGACUGAAGUACAUUGCAAGAAAAAAAGGGAUUAAUUGGUGGCCCCAAGUAUAAGAAAUGGCAUAUUCCUUGUGGGCUUCAGGAUCUUUUGAAAAAAAUACUGAUGUGCUCACCCUACAUUUGACACUAUGUAGCACUUCCUUGCAUAUUAAUAAAUAUUGAACAUGGCAUAUAUCUGCAUACCAUAUACAUGAAUAUUAUAAUUAAAUGCUGCAAAUUAUAUAGACUUAAUGAGUAUAUGAAAUUGUUUCUUGAGGCUAUUUGAGGCUUUUUCUUCUACAGUUUCUACAUUCAUAUACACACAGAAACUACCUGUGUUCUGACCAAACUAAUGUAUAUAAUGUAUAUGUGUGAAUGUGCACAUGUGUAUUGACCAGCUGACAAUUCCAGGUAUGCACACACUUAGAAAUAGUAUUCUUAAUUUAAAUGUUUUUUUAAAGAGGACCUAGCUUGCACAAACACAUAUAAGGAUUAUACAUUGAAGCUUAGCUUACUGGCUCCCACUCAAAGAAUGACUUGUAUUUGAAAUAAUGUUAUUUGAUCAUGACUGUAGUAAUAUUCAUUCCAACCUAUCCCUUUCUGACAAUUUGAUCUUUUGCUACUUGUUUGUACAUAGAAUAAAUGACAGUGUUGUCAGUGAGUCCUA